AUGCAUGCUGAGUUAACUACUGCUUAUAAACAAGGUGCUGUUUCAUACCAUGCAGUUACUCAUUGGUUUGAUCAAUUUUCCAGUGCACGAAAGUCGUUGGAAGAUUAUCCUCGAAAUGAUCGUCGAAUAACAGUCGUUACUCAACAAAAUAUUGUUGAUGCUACGGAUCUGGUGAAGGAUGAUCCGCAGAUUGGUAUUGAUUAA